CAGUUGGUGGACGCCAGUUGUGCGGUUCGCUCGGUGCCUCCUUUUCACUUAGCUCGAUUCUAGACUCUAGACUAGAAUCGCGUGCGUGCCGCGUCGUGUGUGUGACAUCCGCCAUAUAUAUAUGUAAUAAUAUAUACGCCAGAUACUAUACGUAUAUCUGUGGAACCGUUCCCACCCCCAAAAUCCGUACAAAUUGCAAAUUCACAUGCGUAUGUGCAGUGAUUCACCGAAUGAGUGCGUUGGCCUCUGGCCGCAAGUUGUGAAUACCCAGUGAAUCCCCAGUGAAUGCAGGCCAUAACCACAAUCCUAACCAGAUUGUAGUAUAUGAAUAUAUGUAGUUAUGGUCUUUGGCUGUAUGGAUCGUAAGAUCGGUGCUGUGUAGUCGGCCUUUGCCCAGUGUUAUGAGCACUUUUGUCGCCGUGCGAGUGUCGGCGGAGGAAAAGAUCACUUUAAAAAUAACAGAUUUGUUUGAUGCUAUUUAUAAUAGACGGGCCAAGUUUUCGUUCCGUUUCGCAUUGUGAGGCUGAGGCCUUUGGUGUUCCGAGAUCUCGUUGGAUCAUUCGUAUCUUUCGGAUUUCCCAGCGUCUUCUAUUCUCUGGCACUCUAGUAGCCGGGCACUCGCCUGCACUUGAACGCCAUUCGAAUACGAAUAUCGUGGCAUUAUUAAUUUGACAGCGUUUGUGUGUUCGAGUGUCGCAAUGUAAACAGCCAAAAUGGCAAGCGGUUUGAUCGACACCAAUUUCAGCAGCACAUUGGCAAAUGGGAUGUCGGGGUGUGAUCAAAGCACUGUCGAAUCAUUGGCCGACGAUCCAACAGAUUCACCAUUCGACGCCGAUGAUUGUCUCAAGGUGCGCAAGUACUGGUGCUUUCUGCUGUCCAGCAUCUUUACAUUCCUUGCUGGCCUGCUCGUGGUGCUGCUAUGGCGAGCCUUCGCCUUCGUCUGCUGCCGCAAGGAGCCGGACCUGGGGCCCAACGACCCCAAGCAGAAGGAGCAGAAGGCAUCCCGCAACAAACAGGAGUUCGAGGGCACCUUUAUGACAGAAGCGAAAGACUGGGCUGGAGAGCUUAUCUCGGGUCAAACAACAACUGGUCGAAUUUUGGUCGUACUCGUAUUUAUACUCAGCAUUGCAUCCCUCAUUAUAUACUUUGUUGAUGCAUCUAGCGAAGAAGUCGAAAGAUGCCAAAAGUGGAGUAACAACAUUACUCAACAGAUCGAUCUCGCAUUCAAUAUAUUUUUUAUGGUUUACUUUUUUAUACGAUUCAUAGCGGCGUCCGAUAAGCUUUGGUUUAUGUUAGAAAUGUACAGUUUUGUAGAUUAUUUUACAAUACCCCCGUCCUUCGUAUCAAUAUAUUUAGAUCGAACAUGGAUCGGUCUUCGAUUUCUUCGAGCGCUACGUCUCAUGACUGUUCCAGAUAUUUUACAAUAUUUAAACGUACUAAAAACAUCGAGCUCCAUACGCUUGGCUCAACUAGUAUCAAUUUUUAUAUCCGUGUGGUUAACAGCAGCGGGCAUUAUACAUCUGCUGGAGAACUCUGGCGAUCCGCUGGAUUUUAAUAAUGCUCAUCGUUUAUCGUAUUGGACCUGUGUCUAUUUCCUAAUUGUGACCAUGUCAACGGUAGGAUAUGGUGACGUUUACUGUGAGACUGUCCUGGGAAGAACAUUUCUCGUGUUCUUUCUGCUCGUCGGCUUGGCAAUGUUUGCCAGCAGUAUACCGGAGAUAAUUGAACUCGUCGGUAGUGGCAAUAAGUAUGGCGGUGAACUGAAAAGAGAACACGGAAAGAGACAUAUUGUGGUAUGCGGUCAUAUAACAUACGAAUCCGUGUCGCAUUUCCUGAAGGACUUCCUCCACGAAGAUCGGGAGGAUGUCGAUGUCGAAGUGGUCUUUCUCCAUCGCAAAGAGCCUGAUCUGGAGCUAGAGGGACUGCUGAAGCGUCACUAUACCACAGUGGCCUUUUUUCAGGGCACUAUGAUGAACGCAGUCGACCUGGAGCGAGUCAAGGUUCAUGAAGCCGACGCCUGCCUCGUGCUAGCUAACAAAUAUUGCCAAGAUCCCGACGCAGAAGAUGCUGCCAACAUCAUGAGAGUCAUCUCGAUCAAGAACUACAGCGACGACAUUAGAGUCAUCAUCCAGCUGAUGCAGUACCACAAUAAGGCGUACUUGCUGAACAUACCAUCGUGGGAUUGGAAACAGGGCGACGAUGUCAUCUGCCUGGCCGAACUGAAGCUGGGCUUCAUUGCCCAGAGCUGUUUGGCGCCCGGUUUCUCGACCAUGAUGGCCAACCUGUUCGCCAUGAGAUCGUUCAAGACGUCGCCAGACAUGCAGUCUUGGACAAAUGAUUACCUGCGCGGCACUGGCAUGGAAAUGUACACUGAAACAUUGAGUCCCACAUUUAUUGGAAUACCAUUUGCUCAGGCCACUGAACUGUGUUUCUCCAAGCUGAAGCUCCUGCUGCUGGCCAUCGAGAUCAAGGGCGCCGAGGAGGGGGCGGACAGCAAGAUUUCCAUCAACCCUCGGGGGGCCAAAAUCCAGGCCAAUACCCAGGGUUUUUUCAUAGCACAAAGUGCCGACGAGGUGAAGCGUGCCUGGUUCUACUGCAAGGCGUGUCAUGAGGACAUUAAGGACGAGACGCUGAUCAAGAAAUGCAAAUGCAAAAACUUGACUGUUCAGCCCAGGAGCAAAUUCGAUGACUUAGAUGUGGGCAUGAUUAUGAUGCAGACGGGCAUGGUCAACCAAGGCAUCACGUCGGUGAUGAAUACAAUGGAGGAUGAACACCAUCCUGCACCCACAUUUACUCCUCCAGAGCUACCCAAGCGGGUGCAUGUGCGUGGAUCUGUAUCGGGUGAUAUCACUCGUGACAGAGAAGAUACGAAUCUACUCAAUCGCAAUGUGCGCCGGCCGAAUGGCACUGGCAACGGCACGGGUGGCAUGCACCACAUGAACAACACGGCAGCGGCGGCUGCGGCAGCUGCGGCGGCGGGAAAGCAGGUGAACAAGGUGAAGCCGACGGUGAAUGUGAGCCGACAGGUGGAGGGCCAAGUGAUAUCGCCAUCGCAGUACAACAGGCCACCAGAGAAUGAUGCUAACCCUUAUGCGGGCUAUCAACUUGCUUACGAAGUUAAAAAGCUCAUGCCGACGAGUCGCAGUUCCGGCACGGGCACACAGAAUCAAAAUGGAGGCGUAUCCUUGCCCGCCGGCAUUGCGGACGACCAGUCGAAGGACUUUGAUUUCGAGAAGACCGAAAUGAAGUACGACUCGACGGGCAUGUUCCACUGGAGUCCGGCAAAGAGCUUAGAAGACUGCAUACUGGAUCGCAACCAGGCGGCCAUGACCGUGCUAAACGGUCACGUGGUCGUGUGCCUGUUUGCCGAUCCCGAUUCGCCGCUGAUCGGGCUGCGGAAUCUGGUGAUGCCGCUGCGGGCGUCCAACUUCCACUACCACGAGCUGAAGCACGUGGUCAUCGUGGGCUCGGUGGACUACAUACGGCGCGAGUGGAAGAUGCUGCAGAACCUGCCCAAGAUCUCGGUGCUCAACGGAUCGCCGCUGAGCCGUGCCGACCUGCGGGCCGUGAACGUCAAUCUGUGUGAUAUGUGCUGCAUCCUGUCGGCGAAAGUUCCUAGCAACGACGAUCCCACGCUGGCCGACAAGGAGGCGAUCCUCGCCUCGCUGAACAUCAAGGCCAUGACCUUCGACGACACGAUCGGUGUGCUCAGCCAGCGCGGCCCGGAGUUCGACAACCUGAGCGCCACCGCCGGCAGUCCCAUUGUGCUGCAGCGGAGGGGCUCGGUCUAUGGCGCCAAUGUGCCCAUGAUAACAGAACUGGUCAAUGAUAGUAACGUGCAGUUUCUCGAUCAAGACGACGACGAUGAUCCAGAUACAGAACUAUAUCUGACGCAGCCUUUCGCCUGCGGCACAGCCUUCGCUGUGAGUGUGUUAGACUCGCUGAUGUCCACGACCUACUUCAAUCAAAACGCCUUAACGCUGAUCCGCUCACUGAUAACGGGCGGCGCCACGCCUGAGCUGGAACUGAUCCUGGCCGAGGGAGCUGGCCUCCGGGGAGGCUACAGCACUGUGGAGAGUCUGAGCAAUCGAGACAGAUGUCGAGUGGGUCAAAUCUCACUGUACGACGGUCCGUUGGCUCAAUUUGGGGAGUGCGGCAAGUAUGGGGACCUGUUUGUGGCAGCCCUCAAGUCGUACGGAAUGCUAUGCAUCGGACUAUACCGAUUCAGGGACACCAGCUCCAGUUGUGAUGCGAGCAGCAAACGUUAUGUAAUAACCAACCCACCCGAUGACUUUUCACUACUGCCAACAGAUCAGGUAUUCGUUUUAAUGCAAUUCGAUCCGGGCCUGGAGUACAAGCCGCCAGCGGUACGAGCACCUGCAGGCGGACGUGGCACCAACACACAGGGUUCCGGGGUCGGUGGGGGCGGCUCCAACAAGGAUGAUAACUCUUGAUUGUUACUGUGUAGCGCCUUAACUGAUGGUCCUUAUUCGUACAUUUGAACGAUGGAGAAGCUAAUCGAAGGCAGAGCAGCGCAUUUGUGGCAACGCAUCCACAACUACCUAUUGGCAUAAGAUAUUUGAUACUCGCGACAAGGCGACAACAAAUCGGCAGCGAAAAAAGACAUAUUUGUAUGUAAAUCGAUUGUACCGUGUACAAAAGUGAAAUCAAAAGCGUUAAUAAGUUAGAGAUUACGACCAUAACUUGCGUGCCAUUAAAUGCGCUGCUCUGCUCUUUUAUGUGUGUGGGGGCAUGCGGCUCGGUGUAUUUUGUCCAUCCCAACUAACAAUCAAGAGACAACCGGAAACGGAACCACUCGCCACCAGAUCAACGUCGACGGCAAUGCCGCCUGCCUCCGCACACAUAAAAAGCUAAUCCGGAUCGGGGGACCAAGAACUUUAGCCCUGAUAUCCAUCGUUCAACUGCCAACUGAUUGCUUCCCACAUCAUUCCGUAUGCCUUUUUAGAACCUUGAAAUUAUCAUAUUCUGUAUAUCUAUAAUUUUAGUCUUGCAACUACAUUGGUUGAUUUUGUAUCCUUGUUUAUCCCUAUUAUUUUGUUAUCAACAUUGUGUGCCCCAAUAAAAUAUUCUUAUUAUUAUUUAACUUUUAAGUUGGUUUUGUCACUUGGUUCAACCCCAAUUUCGGUUUCCAAGCAACAAUCAUUAGUUAUACUUAUGGGUAUGUAUUUACGUAUGAGUGCUGUCGACUAUCAUUUACAUUUACAUUUGCAUUUAAAUUUAAGAAUCAUUUACCACUAAUUUUCGUUUACAUUUUGAGUUAACUUCAUGGCGCUAUCAUUGCAUAAGAAACAAUUGAAAAUUGAAUUCUAAACGAAAAUCCAUCUCAAUGGUGUGACGUAAGCAAUUGGGAACCAUUAGUGAGGUAAGCUACACAUUAAACAAGGAAACAAGGAACACUGAGCGAAAAACAAGAAACUACCAAAAACUACAAACUAAGUCUACUCGAUCUGUGUACUCUCAUGUCUCAAAAUCUAUCUCUAAGUCGCUGAAUGCGGCCACAACGCAACAAUUUAUAUCGAACACACCAAUUAAACAACACUGCAAACAAUGCAUUGCGGAUUGCUUUUGGCUGAGAUACAGAUACUGAUAGCGAGAUACAGAUACAAGGCAAUGAGGCUAAAAUUCAAAAACUGCAUUUAGAAGUUUCUGAGCAUGCGCAAAACGAUUUAUAUAGAGCGAAGCAUAUUGUAAUCAUUAAACUUUUAAUGUAAACCUAAACACAAAUAUCGAUUAAUGACACCUAACACCUUAAAGCCAACAAUCUGCUAGCUAAUUCGUAUGCCUAAAACAAAUACACAUACCAUAUGGCUCGACCUGAACUUUUAUGAAAGCCAGAGAAAACAUGGUUGUUUCUACCAAAGAAUCGCCGAAUCCAGGCAAGUUUGGAGGCAAAUACUAAACCAUAUGCAAAGUACUACACUUAACUAGAUGAGUCUCAGCUUUUUCACUCGACACAAGUCAAAUUUGCUAAUUGCUAAUUCUAAAUUGAACAACUUCUAACAUUCACAUCUCUACACACAAAAAAACCAAAAAAAUCGCAGGGCAGAAAGCCCUGAGAAAAUAUUGUAAGUAGCGCAUUCGAAUCAUUAUUGAAUACCACUUAAUAUAGAGGACACCUAGGCCGGAAUAUAUAGAGUGCGACGAAAGCUGAUGAAACGUAGUUAGUAAUAUUUUUUAGUGUAUGUGAAUGUGUGCGCUUUUUACCAGCGAUUUACGAGCAGCAACUGUGGUGUUCUAAACAAAUUUUGAUAGAUACAAUCGGUAACCAAAUGGCGAAAACGUUAAGUUCCAACUCCGACUUCUGGCUAUAACCAUCUGUACUAACUUCUCUACCAACUUCACGCACUUGCGCUCGAAACUUUCGAAAGGAACGCUCUGAUUUUUGUACAUAGCCUGUAAAUAUGAUAAGUAACUAAAGUAUCUCGACUACGAUAUCGUUUAACCCGUUUAUCCUGUGCUGUUUCGUUUUGCCGUUCACAAAGCAAGAGUUUUCGGAUCAUAAUUGUAAUUUGUUCAAAUGAUAAACACUGCCAAAGCGUAUAGAAAUCACAUUAAAUGUAGAGAUCACAACAAGAAAUAAAAAAUAAAAAUCAGCAAACAGCAUUUCAUCAAUAGUGGGAAAACCAAAGAAGCGUAACAAGAAAAUGGCACAGAAUAGCUACAACCACUGGAUUUGUUUAGUUUGAUUGUUUUCACACACGAUUAGCGAAUAACAAAUUUAAGUAAAACGAAUUCGAGCUUUUAAAUUUAAUACGAAGAGUAAAACACAACCGUUUAUAAGCGAUAAUAGAGAAGAGCCAAUUACCAAUUCGUUUCAUGAUUGAUUUGUAGUGGAAUUUUGUGCAGCCUAGACUUACCCAGAACGUAAAUUAAAAACAAAAUAUGUGAAUAUUAUGCGCCUUCGAAAUUGAUGUAAACGUGUAUGUAGCGGUGCGAUGUGAGAAACAUUUAAACUCCAUUAAAGUACAUUUAAUUUAAUGGUAAUGGUAAAGGUAAUGAUUAACGUAAUAGUCAAGUGUAAAUGUUAACGAAUCGAGAGCAUAGCAUAGCUUAGCAUAAACUAUGACGACUAGUUAUCGCGACAAGCAGUUCAUAUAUUGUUAAUGAUAAACUUAUUAUUAAAUCGACAACAAAACGCAUUUGCAAUCCUAAAAUAAAAUUAAUAAUAAAAGGAAAUAACAAAAAUCGAUGAAUAGGCGAUGGCGUAGCGAAAACCCAAAAGUUAAACAUAAUUUUUAAAUGAAUAAACUAGUUAUUAAAUUUAUAGAAACCUCACUUAUACACCAACACCACACCGAUACUCACACACACACACACACUCAACAGCGAUGAACCCAACAACAAGAACAAAAAUGAACUCUCGAUGUUGUGAAACUUGAUAAAAUCAUGUUUACGCUAUAGCAGAUCUACAUAAAUGAAAUAAAAAUAAAAACGAAUGCAGAUAUAGUACAUACUCAACCAAGGCAAACCAGAAACUAUCCGAAAGAAAGCUUCUCUGAAUAGAAUAGAAAUGAAAAACACGCUGACAAAGCUGCCUUUCCCAAUCGCAUUUCCCAAUUCUUAAAUGAUUAUUAAUGAUUGAUAAUAACUUCUUGUAUUUUUCCACUUCCCUCAAUUCAACACUUCCGAGCAGCUUUGUUUUCAACAAAUAAUAUAUAUUUACAUGCAUAUAUAUUAAUAAUGUCGCAUACAACUACUCAAUGCCGUAUAAACUAGCGUAAGUGCAAAGGUUUUUGUAGAAAACUCGUCAAUAAAAAUGAAAACAAAAAAAAAAAAACGUAUAAAAUAUAUUAUCAUACUC